UUGCUUGCUGAUGUGAAGUUGUGGAUGCUGCAGGAUCAGAGGAGAUUGCCAGUUUUGAGAACCAAAGCAAGGGUGGUUUUGAUGAUUUUGGCUAAAGGAAUGUCUGCUGAAGUUUGGUGGGUGAUGUGGGACAUGGCAGUGUGUUCUGCUGCUGUGAAGGAAGUGUCUGACUUCUCUGAUUCUAUGCAGCCUGCUGGUCUUUUUCGAUGCUGA